UCAAUUCAACGUACUUACCAAAACACUUCCAUUGUACUAAGCUUACUUUUUUUUACUUAACUUUAUCCUUUUCUUUUAGACUUAGAACGAAUUUCCGAUUAACCUACCAUACUUUCGACCCUCCUUUAAACCCUCCUUUAAAUAUGCCUGCAAUCCAGCAACAACAGGAGGAGGAGGAAGAAGAAAUUAAUAAUGAGGAAGAAGAAGGAGGUGAUGGUUCAAUGGAAGAGGGGGAGUUGAAAACUACUCAAGUAGAGGAGAAUGAAGAGGAAAAUGGAGGAGAGGAGAAUGGGGAAAAUAACCAAGUCACUGAGCCACAUCUUCAGCCGUCUACUCCUACUUCCAUUACACAACAAGAACAACAACAAAUUUCUUCAUCUUCUGCAUCUGCCACUCAAACUGAUGAGCCAGCACUUCAAUCGUCUACAAUGAUUCAAGAAGAACAACAACCUCCAACUUCUCAAAUUACUAAUGUGGUUGAGGGACAAAAUGCUAAUGAUGAGCCUGCACUUCAAACGUCUACAAUUCAAACGUCUACAAUGCUGCAAGAAGAAGAACAACAACCUUCAACUUCUCAAAUUAAUAAUAAUAAUGUGGUUGAAGGACAAAAUGCUAAUGAUGAGCCACCAGAACGUAAACGACGACUCCCACAACGGAAGAGGAAGCUGUUCAAGAAGGAGGAGGAGGCAAAGAAGGCAAAAGAAGCACAAAAUGAAACCACCCAAAAUGAUGGUUGAAGGAUGUUUUUUAAGAAGUUGUUGUUGGUUAUUU